GCCGCGAUACGCCCGGCUUUUUAGGCGCCCCGGAGGGGCAGGAGCGCGCCUCAGCGUUGGCCGCCUGUGGCCUCAGGGCCAGGGGACGAAACAGUAUCUGUAACGGGAGUGACUUGAGGAAGCCCCGCCAGGGACCGUGCUAGCCCUCCCGGGGUGCGGCUGACUGAAGCCUCCGCCGCCGUCUUGGCUACGGGCAGUCCCGCGAGGCAGCCGGGCGCUGCUCCUGUCGCCUUCCAUCUUACCGUGAGCCGAGCCGCCGGAGAGAGCGCGGUCCGGCCCCGCCGCGGCGGCUAUCAAGAAAUGAAGGUUAGGACAUCAUGUGUUGGACUGCGAAAUCUUCUCCAAGGGCUGAGCUGCAGUGUCAGAUACUACUCUAAGCAUAGCUGUCUUCAAGCAGUAUGUAUUUAUAGUAAGAUAAAACCAAAACAAUGCUGCAUCCUGAAUUGUUCAGGAAGUACAUGCACGCACAGGACUCUGCCACCUGGAAGCAUCCUGCCGUGGAGAUGCUUUUCCUGCAAGCAGGAAGGAACAAAAAUCCCUUCCAAAAGGAAGCAAAACGCAUCCAUAACAACAUCAGACCUUUCAUACAAGGAUCUUCUGAAAUCAGAGCAGGAAAACUGGAAUGACAUUUCAGCAAGAUACAAAGCUAUGACAAAGAGAAUCAAGGAAAAAUUAGAAGAGUUGCACAAUAAGUAUACGUUCAAUCUGGAAAGUCCAAGGAUCAGGUUUGGAGAGAACGUGUACUUUGAAGAGAAUGGCUGUAUAUUUCUUUCAAAAGGAGGUGAUGUAGAUGAAGAAAAGGGUGACAUUUUAUUCAGUACUGAAGAUCUUGGCUUUUCUGAUGCCUUUAUUCAACGUAUCAGAAUUUCACCAGAUCAGAGAUACAUGGCCAUCAGCUUAAAAAGUGAAAACUCCGAAGAGGCAACCUGUGUUGUUAUGAAACUUGGUCAUUUUCCUGUUGUGGAAAAAGUCAUUCCAAGUGUAUUUAGUUUUGAAUGGGCUGCAAAUGAUGUUCUGUAUUACACAAGUCAGAAGAACCUUAAAUGCCAGAAUGUGUUUAUGACCACUUUCACUAAUCAGAAACAUACUAAGUUAGUUUAUACAGAACAAGAUGCAAGGUUUUUUGUGGACAUAUAUUGCACAAAAGACAGGCGUUUUCUCACUAUCAACAGCAACAGCAAGACCACCUCGGAAGUUUGGCUGGUUGACUGUAGACAUCCUUUUAAGUCACCUGCUCUUGUACAAGCACGAACAGAAGGAGUCGUUUACCACAUUGAACACAGAGAUGACGAGUUAUAUAUUCUUACUACAUAUGGAGAACCUGCAGAAUAUAAGCUGAUGAAGGCAGCUGUAGCUGCCAGCGGCAAGGAGAACUGGGAGUUGGUUUAUGCACUGGAAAAGAAAACCAAGCUAGUAGAUUUGGAGAUGUUCAGUGAUCACUGUAUUAUAUUCCUGAAGAAUGCUGGUCAUCUUUACUUAAAUGUGAUUUCUUUUGUUUCACAUUCAGUUCAGUCAACAAAGCUACCUACGUGGGCCUGUGAAUUUGAAUUGGAAUCUCGACCUGAACAUACCACCAGCGCUUGCUAUUUUCAGCUCACCUCCCCGAUACACCCCCCUAAGCGUUUUGCAUAUUCAUUUAAAGAAAAUAAUCUCAUUGAACCAGCUGUGCAAGAGGUACCAAUUAUUACGAAUUGUCACACUACACGUUUACUAGCUAAAAGCAAGGAUGGAACUUUGGUGCCAAUUACAGUUUUUCAUAAUAGGAAUUCUAAAGAGCUACACAGGAAACCACUUCUAGUUCAUGUAUAUGGAGCUUAUGGCAUAGAUUUGAACAUGAGCUUUAAAGAAGACAAGCUGAUGUUAAUUGAGGAGGGCUGGAUAUUAGCAUAUUGCCAUGUUAGGGGUGGAGGAGAGCUAGGCCUUAGCUGGCACAGAGAUGGGUGCCGGCAUAAUAAACUCAAAGGGCUCCAUGACCUUAAGGCUUGCAUCAUGCUGCUGCACGAGCUAGGAUUUUCUCAGCCAAAAUACACAGCACUAGCAGCUGCCAGUGCUGGAGGAGUUCUUGCAGGAGCCCUGUGCAACACUGCUCCAGAACUCGUCAGAGCCAUGGUUUUACAGGCUCCUUUCGUAGAUGUCCUAAAUACAAUGAUGAAAACUCAUCUCCCACUGACAAUUGAAGAACAGGAGGAAUGGGGAAACCCAUUAGCAGAUGAAAAAUGUAUGAAGUAUAUCAAAAGCUAUUGCCCAUACCAGAAUAUUAAGCCACAGUGUUACCCUUCAGUUUUUAUCACGGCGUAUGAAAAUGAUCAACGGGUACCACUAACAGGAGUUUUACGAUAUGUUCAGAAACUGAGGAGGGCUGCACUAGAUCAUGCCAGCACAACAAGUGAGAAAGGAAAUUGGAUCCCUAAUAUCAUCUUAGACAUCCAGGCAAGCGGCAGUCAUUGCGAUUCAUCUUGGGAGGAUUCACUGAACGAGAUAUAGAAGAGCCAGUGACAGAGCCAGAUUAUUUAACCUCAUCAUGCCUUAAGACCCAAAAUAGUGUUAAAUGUCCAUUGUAAAGUACUGAGAGCUUUGAAUUAAAGUUUCUAAGUUGUGUCAAACAUCGUUCCAGCAGGAACAGUCUUGAACUGUAGAGCAGUAAGUGCCUAAAAUUGUCAUACUGGCUCUUUACUUCCAUCUUCCUCAUGAGUAAAACAUAUGUGAUGGGUUUGAUCUUUACAUAAGCUGUACUAUCAAAAGAACGCUACUACAAUUAGGUUUCAAGACUUUGCCCAUUGUACAAGUGUACAUGUUAACAGCAGCAUACUGCCAAGACCUGACAUACCAUUACCAAUGUCUCAGACUAUCACAGUUGGAUACAAAUUUUAUUACUGUUAAUUUUAAUAAAUCCUAGCAAAUGUUAUUUGGUGGUUGAGACAGUUAUUCCCAAAGUUAAUUCUCUCAGGAAAAGCCUCAUUCUGUCCUAGGUUAAGGUAUUGCUUAGUAUUAGUAUGGGAA